AUGUUUUUGACCAGAAAGAAACAUGCACUGCCAAAACUAAAGGAAUGGAAGGGAAAGGUGGAGAAGAUGAGUGGCGGGCAUCAAGUUCAAGCCUUUGUCUUCGACAAUGGUGGCGAGUUCAAAUCAGAUAAGACAACUGAAUGGGGCACCAAGGAAGAGGUCAAAAUCAAGUACACAACACCUUAUGCCCAUGAACAGAACGGCAGAGCCGAGAAAGCUGGCAAAGAUAUUGCAGCUGGAGCCCGCACAACACUAAUUCAGCUACAACUACCUCAAGAACUAUGGCCUCUCUUCAUGGAGACUAGUGUAUAUAUUCACAAUCUCCUACCAGCACGGCGGUACAACUGGCAAAGCCCAAUCCAACGGAUGUUCAAGAUCAUCAACUUGCCGUAUGAACCAAGUCUGCGGCAUAUCCACACAUGGGGUUGUAAAGCAUAUGUCACAAUACCCAAGGAAACUCAAGUCAAGAGCCAGAAAAUGGCCAACAAAGCAAAAAUUGGCAACCUUGUUGGCAUGGAAGGUCUGCAUGGCCACGUAUACAAAAUAUGGCUUCCAGACGAACAACGAGUCGUCCGAGCCCGUGACGUGCGCUUCCAUGAGGGACCCAACAAUAAAACCCGUACUGAUCCGACGAUUGAAUACGAAGCUAAACUCGUCGAGCCAGACCCUGAAGGUUCUGGAAAGAUCACCUACACAGAAGUGCGGGAUGAGCUAGGCACAGACCUAGGCGGAAAACAAACAGAGGAACAUCGUGCGGAUCCGUCUGGCACAAUAACACCAGAAACACAUUCAACGGACC